GUUUCCGGAAAGCCAGUGUGCUAGCAGUGUGUGCUAACAGCUAGCAGCUAGUCGAAGGUGUUUAAAGAGUCCUCGCGCCGUCUCCAGCUCUUCUUCUUCUACUCUCUCUCUCAUGGUGCUGCUCGACUGAAGAAGCUUCUGGAAGCUGCUCGUGCCCGCGAACAGUCUCCAUGGCUACGGAAGAGUUCUACGAGGUGACGCGAGCUAAUGCUAACAUGCUAACGGUGGAGCGCGUGGUGGAUAAGCGGAGGAACAGGAAGGGGAAGGUGGAGUACCUGGUGCGUUGGCGUGGUUACGGAGCGGAGGGAGACACCUGGGAGCCCGAGAGCCACCUGUCCACGUGCACGGUCUACGUGCACGACUUCAACCGCCAGCAGGCCGAACGCCAGAGGGACGCCACGCUACUGCGCUCCACCCGCCACUGCAGCCCCGCCCACAGAGCGCCCUACAGGCCGCCCCCCCCACGCAGUGACGUCAUCGGGGACGCGCUGGGCCAGGCGCUCCUCUCCCCCCCCCUGCUCGGACUCAGGAACUCCCAGCAGCCCUCUGUGAUGUCAGCGUCUCCGUCUCCGGGCCGCCGCAGCAUGGACCUGUCUAAGACGGGCAUUAAGAUCCUGGUCCCGAGGAGUCCGCUGAGCGGCCGGCGGGACUCGGAGGAGUCUCCCAGCGAGGCGGCGCUGAGCCUGGAGGCCGGCGCCGUGGAGGCCCACGCCGUCCCGCCGGAGGUGGCCCUGCUGGAGAAGCCCCCUGGCGUGGCCCUGGGGCCCGGGGAGGAGAGGGCCCGCAUGGGGACCCGGCCCCGCAGUCACAACCCCCCCGGGCCGCCGCCCAGGCUGCCCGUCACGCCCGCCGCCAUGCGCUCGCUCUGCGCCACAGGUAACUCUGGGUUGAUGGAGGCUGUCGCUGCCAACGGGAUGUCCGGCGUGCAAAGCGUUGUCACCGGGGCGACCGGUGCCACCGGGAAGCGGCGCCUGGAGGAGCGCUCUGCGUUCGACAAGCGCCUGAGGUUCAGUGUUCGCCAGACGGAGAGCGCCUACCGCUACCGCGACAUCGUGGUGAAGAAACAAGACGGCUUCACGCACAUCCUGCUGUCGACCAAGAGCUCCGAGAACAACACGCUCAACCCCGAGGUGAUGAAGGAGAUCCAGAGCGCCAUGGCGACGGCGGCGUCAGAUGACAGUAAGCUGGUGUUGCUGGGCGCCGUUGGCAGCGUGUUCUGCUGUGGACUCGACUUCCUGUACUUCAUUAGACGGCUGACGGACGACAGGAAGAAGGAGAGCAUCAAGAUGGCCGAAACCAUCAGGACGUUUGUGAACUCCUUCAUCCAGUUCAGGAAGCCGAUCGUUGCCGCGGUGAACGGCCCGGCGCUGGGCCUGGGCGCCGCCCUGCUGCCGCUGUGUGACGUGGUGUGGGCCAAUGAGAAGGCUUGGUUCCAGACGCCGUACGCAUCAUACGGCCAGACGCCGGACGCAUGCUCGUCCUUCACCUUCCCCCGCAUCAUGGGCCUCGCAUCGGCCAAUGAGCUGCUGCUGAGCGGCAGGAAGUUGACGGCUCAGGAGGCGGGCUCUAAAGGUCUGGUGUCUCAGGUCCUCUGGCCGGGAACCUUCACACAGGAAGUGAUGCUGCGGGUCAAAGAGCUGGUAGCAGUCGACUCUCUGGUUCUGCGGGAGUCCAAAGCUCUGAUGAGGAACACCAGCCGCAGUGCUCUGGAGCAAGCCAACGAGCGCGAGUGUGAAUCCCUGAAGAGAGUGUGGGGCUCCUCACAGGGAACGGACGCCAUCCUGCAGUACCUGCAGCGAGGACCCGAGCUCUGCUAGGACCAGGACCAGGACCAGGACCUGGACCAGGACUCGGCUCUUUCUGAGCUGGACAGAAAAGCUGGAGCGUUUCCUCCUCCUGGUGUGAAGAUCUAAGCUCUAAUUUCAGCCGAAGGUUUCAGUAAAUGCUCUCGUUCUCCAACGCUGAGGUCUCUGACAGUCUGAACAGACCCUGAACACACCUUCAGAGGCUUUAAACCGCUCAUCAGACUGACAGGCUAACAGUUUCCAUCUGCUUCCAGUCUUUGUGCUAAGCUAGGCUAACAGUUUCCAUCUGCCUCCAGUCUUUGUGCGAAGCUAGGCUAACAGUUUCCAUCUGCCGCCAUUCUUUGUGCUAAGCUAGGCUAACUUUUCCCCUGGCUCCAGUCUUUAUGCCAAGCUAGGCUAACUUUCCCCCUGCCUCCAGUCUUUGUGCUAAGCUAGGCUAACAGUUUCCCC